AUGGUUUUUAACAGGUUUAAAUUAGAUUUUGGUAAAUUUAAAAUAGAUAUCAAAUUGCUUGGAGAUAUUUUUAUAUUAGCUGGUGCUGGUUUAUCGGUUUAUUAUAUACUAAAUACAAUUAUAAAUGAUUAUUUAGAUCAAUCAAUUAAAAAUAGUUCUUCAAAAGAUUCAGAUAAGAAAAUAAAAACAGUAUUGAAAAAAUUACAAAUUGCAAAUCCAAGUCUCAAGAAAUUAGAUUUUAAUCAAUAUGAAAAAAAUUUACUCAGUUCAUUAGUUACUCCCGAUGAAAUAAAUAUUACAUUUGAAGAUAUAGGUGGAUUACAAAAUAUAAUUGAUGAAAUUAGAGAGGCUGUUAUAUUACCAUUAACUAAACCUGAAAUAUUUUCAGUCCAUUCAAAUUUAAUACAAUCUCCAAAAGGUGUUUUAUUUUAUGGACCACCAGGUUGUGGUAAAACAAUGCUUGCAAAAGCAAUUGCGAAAGAAAGUGGGGCAUUCUUCUUAUCAAUUAGAAUGUCAACUAUAAUGGAUAAAUGGUAUGGUGAAUCAAAUAAAAUAACAGAUGCUAUUUUUUCUUUAGCUAACAAGUUACAACCAUGUAUUGUAUUUAUAGAUGAAAUUGAUUCAUUUUUAAGAGAUCGAAGUUCAACUGAUCAUGAAGUAAGUGCAAUGUUAAAAGCUGAAUUUAUGACAUUAUGGGAUGGAUUAAAAUCAAAUGGUCAAAUUAUGAUAUUAGGUGCGACAAAUAGGAAAAAUGAUAUUGAUGAAGCAUUUUUAAGAAGAAUGCCAAAGACAUUCCCAAUUGGUAAACCAAAUUAUGAACAAAGAAAACAAAUAUUAUCAAAAAUACUUAAUGAUGCAAAAUUGGAUCAAGAUGAAUUUAAUUUAAAUUAUAUUGUUGAAAUUACAAAAGAUUAUUCUGGUUCUGAUUUAAGAGAAUUAUGUAGAGAAGCUGCAAUAAUACCUGUUAGAGAAUAUAUUAAAGAAAAUUAUAAUUAUAAAAGUGGUAAAUUGAAAAAAGACGAUGAUGAUGAUGAUGAUGAUAAUGAUGAUGAUGAUGAAUUACCAGUUAGAUCAUUAAGAACAUCAGAUUUUGUGAAAUUAAUAUCAAAUAAUAUAAAUGUUAAUAGUAUACCAAGUAUAGCAUUAGAUUGA